AUGGUGGGUACUCGUAGUAACGAUAACCCGUCUAGUAGCAGUGCCCCACAGUCCGAAGUGGAUCCAAACCAACUUCUGGCGAUGAUUCAGGGACUGGCGACGAACCAGCAGCACUUGGCGGGACAGCUUCAUAGGGAGCCGCAGCCCCAGCCUCCCCCUCGUCCAGAGUCUAGCGUCAGGGAGUUCCGGUAUAUGCGGCCUCCUUCCUUCUCCGGUGCCGAAGGACCUUUAGCAGCAGAGGAGUUUCUCAAGGUCACGGAGACUAUUCUCACGGUGACCCGCAUCCCCCAUGCUGAAUGGGUGGACCUCAUGGAUAUUCAGCUCACCGACACCGCUCGGAUUUGGUGGACUGCAGAGAAGACUCAUUUGGAGAGGCCCAUCUCGUGGGAUACCUUCACAGACCGUUUCAACAGGAAGUACUUCCCUCAGUCAGCUCGGGACGAGCUUUUGCGAAGAUUUGUGGAGCUCAAGCAAGGAGGGCGAACAGUUGAUGAGUAUGAGGCCGAGUUUUCUUCUCUGAGCCGAUACGCUCCACACUUGGUUACAGACCCGACGAUCAGGAGGCAUCAGUUUCAGAAGGGCCUGGAUAAGUAUAUCAGGUUUGCUCUAGCUGGUAGAGCACUUGCGACCCACGACGCCGUGUUGGAUGCAGCACGCGAGAUCGAGAGCGUUCAGAAGGAACCUGAGGACCCGCACAUGAUUCAGAGCAGGACGCCAACGGCUCCAGUCCGGAAUACCGAACGUUCACCUUCGAGGCAGCAGCAGAACCCGCAGAGGCAGCAGUAUUCUCAGCGUCAGCCAUUUCAUCAGGCUCACCCUUAUCAGCAUCCUGGAGUGCAGUCUCAGAGCCAGUCUUCGGUGAGGUGUUCUUAUUGUAGAUACCCUGGGCAUACCGAGCAGGAGUGUCGCAGGCGUCAUCAUCUGUGCUAUGCUUGUGGAUCCUCCGACCAUAUUAGUCGAGACUGUCCACAGCGACAGCAGGCCCGCUUACCCCCACCACCAGUUCGAGCGGCUCUUCCAGCUCCACCUCGAUCAGACUUAGCAGCUCCAGCUCAGCACGGACCUUAUCCUCGAGCAGGGCCUCUUCCUCAACAACAGCAGAUUUAUCAGGAAGCGCGAAGGCAGCAACCACCUCGACGACAGAUGUUCACGAUGUCAGCUGUGGAAGCAGAGGAGAACAACCAAGUUAUCACCGAUUUAGGAGAUGAGCAGCCUCAGUACGGGAUCGUACAGGAGCCAGAAGAUUCUUAGCAGGGGUGUCUUGCAGAAGGAGUAGAAGAUCC